AUGCCACCACAAGGGAUCAAGAAGCCAACGCUUCCUCUCCAUCUCCUGAAGGAGCUCGGCGCUUCAGACUCGAAGCCUGGGAAACGACGUGGUGGCGGGAUAGAAACCGUUACAUCGAGGAAAGACCGCCGCAAAGCCGAAAGACAGCAGUGGCGGGCCAAUCGCACCACGGCCGGCCGGAACCACCACGCCGAGCGGUCAACUCCGAACCGUAGCACCGCUACUUCGCACCGAGUAGGGAAGCCCGGAGAUAGCCGCAAGGCUGGUAGUCGGGAUGCGCCAAAACCCAUAUUGAAGAAAGGGAGGCAAGAGGCCGAGGAAGAAGAAGAAGAGAGCGAGGAUUCAGAAGGUCUCGACGACGAUGACGAUGGCGAUGACGACGACGGGGCAGAUUUUUUCAACGGAACACUGAACGAAGAUUCCGAUGGGGUUGAAGAAGAUAGCCAGGAUGAGGACGAAAACGACGAAGAAGUUGCAGAUGCAGUACCGCAACGGAAGUUAUCGAGGACCGCGAAAGAAAAGCUCGCGCAGGAUGAUGCCGAAAUUGCGGAUCUUGAAAGGAAACUCGGCCUGAAGAACCGGAAAAGUCUACCCCAGUCCUUUAAGGAUGACGGACUCGGCGAUCUCCUGGAUGGUCUAGGUGGCAGUUUCGAUGAGGAGAAACAAGAAAAGCGGAAACGCAAGGCAGAAGCGGACGACUGGCUGUCCCAAAAGAGGAGGAAGGCGGAAGCGGCGGCGGCGGCGGCGGCGCGGGAGCAACCAGAACCUGAAUUUUCCGAGAGCGAUGAUGGCGGAGGUUUGGACGGAAUCGGUGAAGAUGUCGAUAGCCUGGAUGGCGAACAUAUGGCGGACGCCGGUUCUAACGAAGAGGACCAAGGGCACAACCAAGAUGACUUCGAAGGGUUUGACUCCGAAGACGAAGACACACAAGAACAACCGGAAAAGCGAGUCCGCGAGAACCCCUAUGUUGCGCCUACGACAGGACAAGCGGCCAAAUACGUGCCUCCAUCACUACGUAAAGAGUCCGGGUCGGACGCCGAACUGUCUGCGCGGAUUCGCCGGCAGACCCAGGGUUUAGUCAACAGGAUAACCGAGUCUAACUUGUUGACCAUCAUGACAGAGAUCGAAAAGCUUUACCGAGAAUACCCUCGGCAGCACGUUACCUCCUCGCUCGUGGACCUGCUGCUAAUUCAGGUCUGUGAGCCUACCAGCUUACCCGACACGCUCCUGAUUCUAUCCGCCGGCUUCGCUACGGCAGCUUACAUGGUUCUUGGGACGGAUUUUGGAGGCCAACUGAUACAGGAAGUGGUGGAGCGCUUCGAUAGCUAUUACGAAGAGGCUAAAGUUGCUGCGCUGGAACGGGCGGACGUACCAAAGCAAACGUCCAAUCUCAUCACUUUCGUCUCGGAACUCUACACCUUCCAGCUUAUCGGCCCCAAUCUUGUCUUCGACUACAUUAGGAGACUCUUGGAAACCCUCUCAGAGCUUAAUGCUGAGCUACUUCUAAGGAUAGUCCGCAUGUGCGGCCCUACCCUCAGGCACGAUGACCCCAUGGCGUUAAAGGACAUUGUCUCCCUUAUCCCACCAGCCGUGGCGAAAGCAGGGGAGAAAAGCCUUACUGUCAGGACGAAGUUCAUGAUCGAUACCAUUACCGACCUGAAGAACAAUAAGAUGAAAACUGGGGUGGGCGCAUCGGCAGUCGUCUCGGAGCAUAUCGUUCGAAUGAAGAAGCUGCUGGGCCAGCUAAAGUCAAGGAAGGUCAAAUCCACCGAGCCCAUGCGCGUGGGUUUGAAGGACAUUCAAGAUGCGGGCAAGGAUGGCAAGUGGUGGCUUGUUGGUGCCAGCUGGGCCGGGCGCUCAACGAGCCAAAAGGGUGCAGAGGAACCCGCCGAUGCAAUGGACGAUAGUAGCGACGACGAGAGCAUUCUGCUUGAUGACGUCGAACAAGGGCCAGAUCUAGGGGAACUGGCCAGGGAGCAGGGGAUGAACACCGAAGUCCGGCGCUCUAUCUUCGUCUCUAUCAUGUCGGCCAUGGACUACCAAGACGCCUAUUUCCGCAUCCUCAAACUGCGGCUCAACCGGGAGCGGCAGCGGGAAAUCCCCACCGUCAUCAUCCGUUGCGUCGGCGCAGAGCAGCACUACAAUCCCUACUACACCCUGGUCGCCAAGCGGCUCUGCUCGGAGCAGCGCGAGGUCAGGUGGGCGUUCCAGGCCAGCCUGUGGAAAAUGUUUGGACGGAUGGGGGAGCAAGGCUUUGGCGAGGAUGAAAUGGAAGAGGAGGAAGAAGAUGAAGCCAUGGAUAUGCGGCGGAUCGUCAACACAGCCAAGUUAUUUGGUGCCCUCGUCUCGGGUAGCAGUUUGGGGGUGGCCAUGCUCAAACGCCUCAAUCUGCUCUACUUGCAGAAAAAGACGCGCGACUUUGUCGAGAUCAUGCUCGUCAAUGUGCUACUCGAAUGCCAAGCCAACGAACGUCCCGAGGAGACGAUCGCCAAAGUAUUUGGUGGUGUUGAGGGGUCCCCUGACCUGGCCAGGGGGUUACAGUACUUCCUCAAGAAAGUUGUUCGAAAGUCUGACUUGGCUGGUGGAAAGAAGAACGCGAAGCUUCUCAAGGAGGGAUGCAAGAUGGCCGAGGCGGUUGUUCAAGCAGCAGCGGCGGGCGGCGAGGAUUAA